CGGGCCCGCCCUCCGCGUGCAUGUGCGGGGCGCGGGGCGCGGGCUCUGCCGCCGGGCCUCGGGGAGACCUCGUGCAUGGCCGCCCGGGGGGGACCCCCGCCCCCGCCGCCCACUGCGCGGGCGCGGGCCGGUCUGCAAGAGCCGUAGCUAUGGGCGCCCUGGCCGGCUGCUGGGUCCUGAGCCUCCUGGCCUACGCGUACCUGUCCUGGGGCCAGGGCCUAGAGGACAAGGAAGAGGAAGGGUCCCGGCGAGCUCAAGCUGCUGAGAGUCCCGGGCCCGCGCAGCCGCACCUCAUCUUCAUCCUCGCGGAUGAUCAGGGAUUUAGAGAUGUGGGCUACCACGGCUCUGAGAUAAGGACGCCCACUCUGGACAGGCUGGCUGCCCAAGGAGUUAAACUGGAGAACUACUAUGUCCAGCCCAUUUGCACGCCGUCCAGGAGUCAGUUUAUUACUGGAAGGUACCAGAUACACACAGGCCUUCAACAUUCUAUCAUAAGACCUACCCAACCCAACUGUUUACCUCUGGACAACACAACCCUACCUCAGAAGCUGAAGGAGGUAGGAUAUUCAACGCAUAUGGUGGGAAAAUGGCACUUGGGGUUUUACAGGAAAGAGUGCAUGCCCACCAAGAGAGGGUUUGAUACCUUUUUUGGUUCCCUUUUGGGCAGUGGUGAUUAUUAUACACAUUACAAAUGUGACAGUCCUGGCAUGUGUGGCUAUGACUUGUAUGAGAACGACAAUGCUGCCUGGGACCAUGACAACGGCAUAUACUCCACACAGAUGUACACACAGAGAGUGCAGCAAAUACUAGCUUCCCAUAACCCUACAAAGCCUAUAUUUUUAUAUAUUGCCUACCAAGCUGUCCACUCACCAUUGCAAGCCCCAGGCAGGUACUUUGAACACUACCGAUCCAUUAUCAACAUAAAUCGACGCAGAUAUGCUGCCAUGCUUUUCUGCUUGGAUGAAGCAAUCCACAAUGUGACCCUGGCCCUGAAGGCAUAUGGUUUCUAUAACAACAGCAUUAUAAUUUACUCUUCAGAUAAUGGUGGUCAGCCCACUGCUGGAGGAAGCAAUUGGCCUCUCAGAGGUAGCAAAGGAACAUAUUGGGAAGGGGGGAUCAGGGCUGUUGGCUUUGUGCACAGUCCACUUCUGAAAAACAAGGGAACUGUAUGUAAGGAACUUGUGCACAUCACUGACUGGUACCCUACCCUGAUUUCACUGGCUGAAGGACAGAUUGAUGAAGACACUCAACUCGAUGGUUACGAUGUCUGGGAGACCAUCAGCGAAGGCUUUCGUUCACCUCGAGUGGAUAUUUUGCACAACAUUGACCCCAUCUAUACCAAGGCAAAAAAUGGCUCCUGGGCAGCAGGCUAUGGGAUCUGGAACACAGCCAUCCAGUCAGCCAUCAGGGUGCAGCACUGGAAGCUGCUCACGGGAAACCCGGGCUACAGUGACUGGGUUCCACCUCAGGCUUUCAGCAACCUGGGACCAAACAGGUGGCACAAUGAACGGAUUACCUUGUCAACUGGUAAGAGCAUAUGGCUUUUCAACAUCACAGCUGAUCCAUACGAGAGGGUGGACCUCUCUAGCAGAUAUCCAGGCAUUGUGAAGAAGCUCCUGAAGAGGCUCUCCCAGUUCAACAAGACCGCAGUGCCUGUCAGAUAUCCACCCAAAGACCCCAGGAGUAACCCUCGGCUCAAUGGAGGAGUAUGGGGACCAUGGUACAAAGAGGAAAACAAGAAAAAGAAGACAACCAAAAAUAAAGCUGAAAAAAAGAAAAAGAAAAGUAAGACCAAAAAAAAGAAACAGCCCAAAGUGCUCUGAUCCCCAAAUUGCCAUUCAGGUAUUACACCUGGUUAGGUACGUGUUCAGUACAUUUACUUAAAUAGUCUUGCACAGAAAUCCAGUUUUCACCUGUUUUCUAGGUGAACCAGCAAAUUUGGCUGAGAAAUAUCACUGCUUAAGCAUUGGGCUUGUAUUCAUGUUGUGUCAUGCCACAGAUAUCAGCCCGCUGCUGCCACAUGCAAACAGUCUGCCUGGUGCCAAAGGUGAUGCUUCUUGAAGCCACAGUCAGAGGAGACUGGAAAUGUUGACUGGUCUUGGUCCUUUAUAAAAGGUGGUCAGUCUGGGGCUCACCUUCUGUGCUUCCAUCAACUGACUGAACACUGCACUGUAAAUUAUGAGAGAGGACUUCAGCCUGCCAGCAAUGAGCAAGCCAGUGUGAUAGACAUUAUAGGGUCUUAGGAUUCAAAACUACUUUUGAUAUGGUCAGGUUGUGUCACCUCAAUGGCCUUGAAAAGUAUUUUUUCUCCAUGAAUUUUGUAUUUCUCACAUGACACUCGGGUUUUUAAAUUAUUUCUACUUUAUGUAUCAUUUCCUUUCUUAUGGAAAUAAGCUGUUUUUUCUCACAUGUGAACAACUUGCACCUCAUUUUAUCAUGCAUGAAGGAAAGGCAAAUAAGAAUGCCUAAGUAUACUGCCAAAAAGGAAUGUAACUGCUUCUAAACUUUAAUAAAAUCACAUUUCAAUAUAAAAUA